AUGCAGGAGCCAACGCUGCUCCAGCAAGCAGGUACGAACAGCCAAGUUGCUGCUGGCACAUCGGGUGCAGCUUGCUUGUCGCCGGAGCAGCUGGCAAACCGACGACUUGCGAGAUGCAUGUUGCACGAUAUUUUCCAGAAGCUGAGCAUCGCGGAGGGGCCCAAGAUGCUGAAAACUGCAACGCAGGAGCCAACGCUGCUCCAGCAAGCAGGUACGAACAGCCAAGUUGCUGCUGGCACAUCGGGUGCAGCUUGCUUGUCGCCGGAGCAGCUGGCAAACCGACGACUCGCGAGAUGCAUGUUGCGCGACAUUUUCCAAAAGAUGAGCAUCGCGGAGGCUGAAACAGCAUCUUUUCAGUCCGAAGCACGGUUGGAGCUGGAGAACCGGCGGAUUGCCAAGCACAUUCUGCGAGGCAUCCUCCAAAGAAUCAGCACAAAGGAGCCGUCGGAGCUGCAACAGCCAGACGCUCCAAGCCCAGGCCGCGGGCAUGUUGGCGUCUUGCCCUGCCCGUUGGAGAACACCAACCGCUUGAUUGCUAGACAUGUGCUGCGGUGCGUUCUGCAGAAGCUGUACAGAAUAGAGGACUUUGCAGCAAACCCAGCGAUCUGCGUGGACAGGCGGCAAGCAAAGCGCGCGGUGAAGCGCAACAGUGCUCUGCUUCGGCACUUGCCGCAG